AUGACUUCCCUGGGCUCCCAGCUCUGCAGGGCAGCAUUCCUGGCAUCCAUCCUGCUGCUGCUGUGGGUCAAGGGGGUGAUGCCUCAGAAAGGGAGCCCAGGCCUGGACGAGAGGAGUCAGAAAGAGAAAACACCCUCUACAGACCAAGAUCAAGAACAGUUUGAAGAGCACUUUGUGGCCUCCUCAGUGGGCGAGCUGUGGCAGGCAGUAGACAUGACCCAGCAAGAGGACGACCAGACGUCAGAGGCAGUGGCAAGCCGUGGCCGCCUGUUUGACCUCGCCUUCUGCUUUAACCUGGCCAGCAUCGUGGUUUUUCUAUGA